AUGAAUACUCUAGCUAUGUCGAAAACCAUAGAGGUCAAUCUGAGGAAAGCUCACUUAUCAGACAAAUACGUCAACUAUUUAUUGGCUGUUAAAGAAGCUUCACGACAGUUAGAUGAUUUGUUGGAUUCUUUAAAACAAUUUAAGGUUAGUAAUCAAAGUGAUUCAGGAGCUGAACUACCGAGUAGUAUGAGCAAUUCAUUCAUUGACAACAAUUCAUCAUUGGAUGUUCAUCCAAGGAAUUCACAAACCUCUUCACAUAAAUCGUCAACAAUAUCAAGUUAUAGAAUUGAUAGUACUCCGAAUAAUAAUAAUAAUAAUAAUAAUAAUAAUAAUAAUAAUAAUAAUAAUAAUAAUAAUACGGGAAUUAGUAACGUGAUAAUGAACAGUAACAAUAGUACUGGUCAAUAUCAGCCUCAACAGACAUAUCAUCAUUAUGACGACAAUAGUCAUCAAUAUAUUGAUAAUAUGAAGGGUAGUACUCGACUACAAAGACAGAAUGCUCAACGUGUAACAGUGCCAAAAUAUGAACAAACAGAAAAUGUUCAACCGAGUCAACAAGGUCCAACUGAGUUAUUAAAUUCAAUGCUGAAUGAUUUAUCAUGUGAAUUAUCUCAACAUGGUGCAAAUACUCACCCUCGUGGACAAUGUUAUGCAUGUAAAAAACCGAUAAAUGGAACAUUAAUCACAGCUAUUGGUAAAGAAUGGCAUCCAGAACAUUUCACCUGUUCUAGCUGUCGUGUUGGUCUAGUUCGUCAGGAUUUUUAUGAACGUGAUGAUCAAGCCUAUUGUACUCAAUGUCACUUACAAAUGUUCUCACCUAGAUGCGGUUAUUGUGGAGAAGCAGUUGUUGAGAAAUGUGUUUUAGCUCUGGCACGUGCUUGGCACCCCGAACACUUCUUUUGUUAUGAAUGUCAUUCUACUUUCAAUGGAUCAUUAACGGUACAUGAACAAAAUGGAAAACUAUAUUGUUCAAACUGUUAUUUCAUACGUUUUGGGACACCAUGUUCUGGUUGUAAGCAGCCUAUUACAGAUGCAUAUAUUACUGCAUUGAAUAUGCCUUGGCAUAAGGACUGUUUCACUUGUCACGAUUGUAAUAAAGUACUAACUGGAUCCAAUUUUCAUGAAGUUGAUGGAUAUGCUUAUUGUAAUUCACAUUAUUACACUAGACGUGGUCUAUUAUGCAUUGCAUGCUCAUCACCAAUAACUGGACGAUGUGUUAAUGCACUUGGUAAACGUUAUCAUCCAGAACACUUUUUAUGUGCUUAUUGUUUACAUCCAUUACAAACGGGUACAUUUAAAGAACAUUCAGGUAAACCGUAUUGUCAUCAAUGUUUCACUCAACUUUUUGGUUAA